GGUAAGAAGUGCACCGAUAGAAACGCCGUUCCGUAGUUCAGAUACGGUAUUCAUUCAUAGGUAGACCCUCUGCCUAGAUAACUCAUCGGCACUAGCGCACAUCAGGAUAAACAAACUUCAUUUUAUCACACGCAGGUUCAUGCCCAGCUAGUUUCGCGCACAGAAUUGUCGAUCACGAGUUUUCAACCUUGCAUCCAGGUUAUUCAAUCCGUUGAAAAUCAUUCGUUACACGCGUUUUACGGGUGUGCAAUUAAUAUUAUGCCCCUUCGCAGGGUAAUCAGUGACGCGCAAACUUGAAGACAACAGGCAGGUUCGUGCCGCGGUCUUCUUCCCUCGGAGUCUGGGGUGUGAAUAAAAAGGCACCGAGGUCCACAAAGCGUAUAAUAUGCGUAACGAGAAUUUGCCGCAAUUAGUGAAGUGAGGUAAAGUGUUUUUUCGAGGGAAAAACAGCCCGGUGGGCGAGCGGGCACCGGGACUCCAGCAACAGGAGAGCUCUGGGUCCAUGCCUGAGGCGUCGGGAUCGGGCCUCGGCCUCGGCCGUGGCCUUGGAAUGAUAGGCGCGAUGGACUCGCUGCUGGACGAACCGGACUACUCGACCUUUGAGAACAAGAGCGGACUUGCCGAGGACAUGAAGUUCCUGGCAAGCAUGCCCGAGCUUUGCGACGUGACCUUCCUCGUCGGUGACACCCGGGAGCCGGUCUGCGCGGUCAAGGCAGUCCUGGCGGCUCGUAGCAGGGUCUUUCACAAGAUGCUUUACCAGGCGCCCAGCCCACAGCGCAAAAAGGACCCACCACCCAAGGAGAACAAGAUACGUCUCUUCCUGAAACGAAGCUCGGAGCCACUGCUCAACCUCCAGAACGCCACUCAACAGCGAUCAGGCUUCGCGCAGCAGCUGGCCCCCAUUCAAGAGCCACAGUCGAACCAGCAUCACACUCUGAUCAUAGAGGAGUUCGAACCCGACGUGUUUCGCCAGCUCAUCGAGUACAUCCACACCGGAUGCGUCACUCUUCAACCGAGAACUCUGCUGGGCGUGAUGAACGCUGCCGAUUACUACGGACUUGACGAGCUCAGGAGAGCUUGCGCCGGUUUCGUUCAGUGCUGCAUAACGGUCGACACGGUCUGCGCCCUUUUGGCUUCGGCGGAGCGGUACAUUCAGUACAAAUGUACGAAAUCGCUGGUGCAAAAGGUCCUGGAGUUCGUCGACAAGCACGGGAACGAGGUGUUAAAUCUGGGCUCGUUCACCCUCCUGCCUCAGCACGUGGUCCGGUUGAUACUGGCCAGGGAAGAACUCGUCGCCGAAGAGUUCACCAAGUUUCAGGCCGCGCUGAUGUGGAGCAAGAAGUACUUCGACAGCAACCAGAACACUCCGCUGAAGGACGUGAUCGGUAACUUCCUGGUCUACAUACAGUUCCAAAAAAUACCGGCGAACGUACUGAUGCGGGAGGUUCACCCGCUGGGUCUUGUGCCCGACAACAUAAUCAUGAACGCAUUGGCCUAUCAGGCAGACCCAACCAGUGUCGACCCCGGGAAACUCUCCCCACACAGAGUGAGGCGUCAGGGUAGGAGUAUGUCGGUGCAGUCCUCGCUCGACCCUUACGGCAGCAACACGACCCUGAGCUCAAGCGGAAGUGACGUCGGUUCGGACCAGAAACAAAACUCGGGUAGCAACUAACCUACAGCCGCGGCCGCCCCAGCUGCGGCCGCUCCGAACGUCCCGAUGCCUUUCCCAGAACGCGAAUCCCCCUUAAUUGUUCCGCGAGAGGAUGUCGGCGGCGACCCCGCGGCCGCUGGCUUGGGCGGCCUCUACAUCCGCUUUGUCCUUAGGCAGGAGGGCCGGGCAGACCUUGUUUGGCUCUACAAGACGCACAAAUUUUAAUCACCUACAAUUACAAGGAAGAUAUCCCAGGUCGAUAUCUCCGAUUUCAUUUCUUUUCUCAUACGUUACGGUAGACUGAACUCUAAGCGACACGUAUCCUUUUUCGUCCGCCAUUCGACGCUUUAAGGGGGUGAGAUAACAUUCUCCAAAGUAAGGCACGUCAAGAGGCGAUUUAGCAUUUUUUUUUUUUUUUUUUUGAGAGAGAAAAAAUUACAUUCUACAUUUCUCGUCAUGAGAAAACUUUCCCGCACUGAGAGAAAUUUUCAGUU